ACCUUAUACUUAUUCUACCAUGCUUCAGCGGCCGAAAUCAAGUUACGAUUUGCCCGGGAAAGCGUUAACAUCGUGCCAACGGAUCUCGCUUUUAAACGCCAGGAAUAACAACAACAAAACCGUCGCGUAUAUAGCCCGCUCUCCCUCUUUCGCCUGUCAACAGUUAUUUUAACCGACAGAUUUUUGUGCGACUUUUUCGUGUGCGCUCGCUUUCGUUUCGUCGUUCGUUGUUGUUGCAGCUCCUUCAUUAAAAACAAAAUUGUAAGGCUUAAACAAAAACAACAACAACGCGUGUGUGUGUGACAAUAGUGUGCAACAACAACAGCAGCAACAAUUUUAGCAACAUUAUCCAACUAACAACAAUUUAAAAACCAAAAUCAACAACAUUUGAAAGGGACUUGUUUCUAUUUGUUUUUAAAGCGAAGCCAAGAUGUCCACACCCACGUCCCCAAAAACGCCCACACCGCCCACUUUGCCACCGGGCGUGACCAAAACGUGUCAUAUAGUAAAAAGACCCGACUUUGACGGGUACGGCUUCAAUUUGCACUCGGAGAAGGUGAAGCCGGGGCAAUUCAUCGGCAAGGUGGAUGCCGACUCCCCGGCAGAAGCGGCUGGCUUGAAGGAGGGCGAUCGCAUCCUGGAGGUCAACGGUGUGUCCAUUGGCAGCGAGACGCACAAGCAAGUGGUGGCCAGGAUCAAGGCCAUUGCCAACGAAGUCCGGCUGCUGCUCAUCGAUGUGGACGGCAAGGCCAUCGAGGUGAAGAGCCCACCUCCUCCAGCGUCUGCUGCCUGCAAUGGGAACGGCAGCAGUGCCAGCCAGAAUGGCUACGAGGGCACCAAGCAGGAGAUGCCCGGAGCCAGUGCCAAUAUCAGCAGCAUUAGCAUGGUGAGCACCAAGCGAUCCUCAAAUGCCAGCAGCAUUCAGAGCGGCAGCACCGUGAAUGCCUCCGAGUUGGAUGUGGUCGACAGGGGAGUCCCGGCAGCCCCAGUUGUCGUAACGCCUCCGCCCAUCCAGAAUGGAACAGGUAAACCCUCGUCGCCGAUUAACAACAACACUCUGAUGAGCACACCCCCACCGCCCUCGGCCACCAAGGCCGGCAUCAAUAAUAACGGCAGUGUUUACAACACCAACGGCAACGGCACAAAUAGCUUGACCACGCCCAUCACGCCGCCCCCAGCGACUGGUGGCAAUCGGGCGGGCAGCUUGAACCUGCCACUGACAGUCGCCGAAAUGCGAGCCAAAUUGGCCUCCAAGAAGAAGUACGAUCCCAAGAACGAGAGCGUGGACCUGAAGAAGAAGUUCGACAUCAUCCAGAAGCUCUGAGACGAACACAACGAUUGAGAAGAGGAAACCCCAACACCAUACUUGUUAUAAUGUCAGGAUGAGGAGCUAAAGAUGGUUUUGUCAGGCAUACACCACACAAUAUACAAUAUGUUUAGCUAUUAGUACGCAGAGUCACUUAUUAACUAAGCAAGUUUUUAAUUAUUAGACCCUAAGAGAGAAAAAGCGACCGACAAUGGUAGUGAAAGCGGAGAGGAUGGAGCACCUACCCUUGGAAUAUCUAUACAAACGACAGACCUGUAUUCUUCUAACUUAAAUAUUGCAAACUCCAAUUGGCAAUGUUGCCCCGGUUCAUUGAAAAACUUUCGUUGAAUAUGUACUUAGUUUUGCUUGUAUUUUUGUAAAGUAAAUAAAGCAAAAUGAUAAAAGAAA